GCGUCCUCGACGCAGGAUACUUCCUAUAAAAUGUGGAGCGACCCCUUGUGACCACAGUAUCGAGCUGACCACGGCCACAGAAGGACACGAACAUGAAGUUGGUAUUUAUAACCGCCGCCUUUUUGGCGCUGACAUUUGCUUCCGAAGAACCAGAAGCAAAUUUCGAGGAUCAAGAUGUUUCAGCGACCGAGGAACUAUUUAAAUAUGACCAAGUAGCAGCACAGUCUGGUGUUAGGAAUAACUUUGCACAGUACUACCAGCCAACAGCCGCGCCUCCGCCCUACGUUCCUCCGAGCCAGACGCCACAGAGACCUUGGAACCCUUCCCCUAGUAACUACAUACCUUCACAAAGCACUCCCACUCAAAAUUUUGGUAACUACGUACCCACCAGUACUCCAAUUCCAGUCAGUAACUACGUACCCUCCCAAAGUACAGUAAACAUUCCCACUAGUAGUAACUACAUACCUCCCACCCAGAGCUAUUACCCAGUCCAAAAUGAUCCGCCUCAGAACACAUGGAACCAGAACCAACAACAAGGCAACCACGGCCGUCCACAGAACAACUACGUGUCCCCACAGAACUCAUGGAACAAUAACAAUUGGCAAAACAACAAUUGGAACCAACAACAGCAACCACAACAACCUCAACGACCACAGCAACCACAACCAGUGCCAACCACAACCACCACAUCAUCGACACCGACUGUAGCUGUGAUCAAAAAUGAACAAUCCUAUGGAGAAAAUGGCAGCUACAAAUACGAAUACGAGAUCGCAGACGGCACACACGUUGGCGAAGAGGGAUACUUCACAAAUCCUAAGGCAACUGAUGAGAGUAUCGUGAAGAAGGGAUGGUACUCAUUCACCGACAACAACGGCAAAGUCUACACUGUCACGUACUGGGCCGAUGAGAGCGGCUACCAUGCCACCGGAGACCAUCUCCCAACUCCACCACCAGUUCCCCCCGCGAUCCAAGCUGCCAUCGACCAAAACGCAAAAGAAGAGGCUGCUAAAGCUGAAGCGGAGAAGAAUAAACAACCAACUCAAUCAGUGAAUCCACCACAGAUGUACCCACAACAGACACAAAAUCCUCAACAAGUGUACUACCCACAACAAACACAGAAACCAGUUUACUACCCGCAACAGACUCAAACACCAAUGCAACCAACACAGCAACCCGCGGUUUAUCCUCAACAACCACAGCAAACUUACUACCCACAGCAGCAACAAAGCUACUAUCCCCAACAAAAUCAACAAACCUACUACCCACAACAAACCCAACCUCAACAGAAUUAUCACCAAUCGGGCUACGGCAAAUAAUCUGCGAUAUUAGAAACGUAAAUUAUACGGCAACGAUAAAUAAUUUGAAUUGCAAACAUAAGACAAAUGGCAAUUAAAUUAUAUUUUAAUAUUUAAUUUAAAUUAUUAAAUAUUACAAUAUGAAUGGAAGGAUUUAAAAUAAUUAAAUAAGCAAUCUUGUGCACGAUAUUUAUUGUGCACUUGAUUACUAAUUUGUAAUUAUAUUAUUAUCGUUGCCAUAAAUGUGUGUGAUUUACUUUUAAGUUAAUUAAAUGUAAUGUAAAUUA